CAUUGCAAAGCUGCCAGUGCCUUGCAGUUCUUGUUUUUUUCCUAUAGAGGGACAGCUUACAUUACGACUAUAUGCUGGUUCGAUUGCGCUGAUCUACUCUAUAAGGAAUAAUUUGACAAAACGUUCAACAUGAAACAGUGAACGCUGCGUAUAUAAAAAAGAGCGGUCGGUUAGGGCUUCGUUAAACGGAGGUGAGAUUUUUUUUAUAUAUACAAGCAAGAAUAUCGUUAUUAUGAGGAAAUCGAAGGCCUAAUGACUUCCCACCAUGCAGAGGUGCAAUAUAAUGUCGUCUACUACAAAUUGUUUAGAAAGUCCUCAAAUGACGAAGUCGGACCAGGAGGCAAUGGUUAGACCAAAGCCAUUGCUGCUGAAAUUGCUAAGGUCUGCAGGUGCACAAAAGGAAACCUUUACAAUGAAAGAGGUUAUUUACCAUCUUGGUCAAUACAUUAUGGCCAAGCAGUUGUAUGACGAGAAGCAGCAACAUAUUGUCCACUGUUCUAAUGAUCCUCUUGGAGAACUAUUUGGUGUACAGAGCUUUUCUGUAAAAGAACCCAGGAGGCUUUAUGCAAUGAUAUCCAAGAAUUUAGUAAAUAUUGGUUCUCAAGAUUCAGCUGAUGGUGCAUUGUCUGGAAAUGAAAUUUGUAGUGUUCCUGAGAAACAAAAUGAUCAAAAGCUGUUGGCUGCAGAAGAUAAACUGACAUCCCCAGAUUCUGACUCUAAACCAAGUAACUCAUCCCAGAGGAAAAGUCAUGGUGAAACAGAGGAAAAAUCUUCAUCUGAUUCUCCUUCAGAUCAGCAAAGAAAGCGGCAUAAGUCAGACAGCAUUUCACUUACCUUUGAUGAAAGCCUUUCAUGGUGGGUGAUAAGCGGUUUACGGUGUGAUAGAAAUAGCGGCGAAUCAACAGAUUCUUCUAUUCCUGAUGUUGAUAUACGAACGGCUAGUGAAAACUCUGAUUGGUUAGAUAAUGCUUCAGAUUCUGAUCAAUUCAGUGUUGAAUUCGAGGUUGAGUCUGUAUAUUCUGAUGAUUACACUCCUAGUGAAGAUGAACAGAGGCUAACUGAUGAUGAUGAAGAUGACGAUCUCAAUGAUGAGGUAUAUCAGGUUACUAUAUACCAGGCUGAAGAUAGCGACACAGGUUCAUUUUAUGAUGAUACUGAAAUUUCGGAAGCUGAUUAUUGGAAAUGUUUGGAAUGUGACGAAAUUAAUCCUCCUCUUCCAAGUCACUGUCACAGAUGUUGGUCUCUACGUAAGGAUUGGCUUCCUGAUAAAAAGGAAAGAAAACUUCCCCCCUUAAAAAGGAAAAGGUCUGAAGAAGCCGAUGACGAGGAUGGUUUUGAUGUUCCUGAUUGUAAGAAAGGUAAAUUGUCAGACUCACAAGAUUUUGUUGCUGAAAAAAAGGAAGAUGACGCUGCACAGAGUUCAGAAUCCCAGGAAACUGAAGACUUUUCUCAACCUUCCACAUCUGGUAGCAUUGUUUCCUGUAGUCAGGAAGACCCCAAAGAAAUUGAACGGGAAGAAAAUUUAGAAACUACCCUUCCAAUUACAAGCAUUGAACCAUGUGUGAUUUGCCAGACAAGGCCAAAAAAUGGCUGCAUUGUUCAUGGGAGAACAGGCCACUUAAUGGCAUGCUUCACUUGCGCAAAGAAGCUUAAAAGAAGGAAUAAACCUUGUCCAGUAUGUCGGCAACCAAUUCAAAUGAUUGUGUUAACUUACUUCAGCUAGGGGCCAACCAUCCUAAUGACUUUGAAACUGAAAACACAAACUAUUGAAAGUCUUAGGACAUACCUAGCAUUAAGCAGGACUUCUCACAAAAUAUUUAAAAAUAUAUACAUAUAUGUACAAAUGGGACAGCAUAUAAAUGAGAACACAACAUAUGGAAAACCUCUUACUAAUCUCAUUUUUGUCAGGGUCUGUGCAUUUUUUGCAGAACACAAGUUAAAACAAUGCUCUAAAGUUCAGCAAUGUGGCUUGAAACUAUAUAGUUUUUAACUUAUUCCUGUUAAUUUGUGUAUUGCCUUGCUUAUUGUGUGCAUUUAAAAAAUUAACUGAAUUUAUAUGCACAAUAGGUCUACAGAAUUCUGAAUGACUUGUUCACUAUGGUUGCUAGUGUAAAUUAUUUGCCCCCCAAAAAAAUCUCUAUAAAUGAGGUAAACAUAUAUUUAUUCCCAGAUGCACUUGCUUUUUAUUAUAUAUUUAAUUAAAAAAAAAUCUCAUAUUUUACUCCAUAUUGUAGUGCUGAAUUUUCCUUCUCAGCUUACUAUGGUUCAUCGCACUAAACUUGUGAAGGGGGACAUUUAUAAUUCUGCUAGAUGCUUCAGAGAAUUUGUGUAACAUCUUGGAAUGCAAUGGUACUGUGCAUUGUUUAACAAGUCUGCAGAUUGUAGCUACCUCUUCUUUUUUUUUCAUUGUUAUUUUGUGCCUGAUAGUAUGUGAUCUUUUGCAUUUACAUUUUGCUUGUAUAUCCAAAGUAAAGAAUAAUUUAUUAACUGAGAUAUUAUACAUUAUUAUUAUUAUUAUUAUUAUUAUCGGUUAUUUGUAGAGCGCCAACAGAUUCCGCAGCGCUAAACAUGCUUUAGUUUUGAGUGCUAUCACAAUAAAUGUAAUUCUAUAGAUUUUUUUUUUUUUUUAAGUUAAUGGGCAACCAUGCCACUUUUUUCCUUUGUACAUUUUUCUUCUAUUUUGAUAAAAAGAAAUAUGUAAACUAAAAUAGGUGAUUUUAUAACUUAUCUAGUCUGACGAAAAAAAUCUAAAAAUUCAGCUUUAGAAUGAGAUUCAAACAAAAUAGAGCCAAGAAUAUGCUUUGUGGAGGGGGUUCUUUAAUAUCUUUGGCCAGGAACUCGCAAAUAAAUUUCUUUACACUUGACAGUGUUCUCAAAAUCUUACUUGUCCCUUCUAAAUUUCUUUUUCAGGUUAAAAAGUUCUUGAAUCUUACCUCCCCUUCCAGGUGUAUUUUUUUUUUUUCUCUUUUUUUUCCCCAAGACCUAUAUAGAGGUAGAUUCCACAACCAACAUUUGUAAUGGCAAAGAAAAAAUAUUUUAAUGUUUUUUUUUUUUUUUUUUUAUAUGAUUAGAAUUAGUGGCUUUAUAGUUUAAAAAAAUAAUCCUUAAAUUAUUUAUAAAUUUUUGUUUAGUGUAAAUAUUUAUCCUUUUAAAUGAUUAGAGGUGUUAAAAUCUUUGGUGCUUAUGUAAAUUUAAUAUGCACCAUUAAAAAGAAAAAAAAUACAGUAUGCACUCUUCAAAUAAUAAUGAAUAUGUAGGUUAACGAUACUUCUAGUAUUUUAUGCAGUGUAUUUUUGUAAAUGUUUUAAUAUUUAAAUAUUUCAUACGAUUUGCUAUGAUAUUCAGUUUUUGUUAUAACGAAGUUUACAGAUUCCACUAAGUGCCUACAUGUUUCUGCUUUAAGUGGUUUCCUCUUAGCACCUUGUUAUUGAAGACUCAUUUGUAAUGUGAACAGUACCUAUGUUCUAGGAGUUGAAUUGUACUGCAUCCUUGUUAUAUGUAGAACAUUUGACUGAAAUGCACUGUAUAUAAAACUAAAAUGUUAUUUUGUGUAUUUAACUGUAAUUAAAAAAACAUGUAAAGACUA